CUUAAGAAUCCCAAUUUCACGUCGUCGUUUCGCUUCGCUCCGUUCAGUUUUACAUACUACCACCAUCGAAGUCACAGAGCGGAGACAAAAAGAGAUCAGAUCAAAGCCAAUGAUCGGAGACGUUGAGAAGAUGAUCGCGGUGGGCCUCGUUUGGGGCGCCACCAACGCCCUAAUGCGCCGCGGCGCUCUCCUCUGGGACCAAGCCCUCAAAUCCUCCUCCUCGGCCCAGGCCCAGGCCCAGCCCGGCCGAAUUCACCACAAGCUUCUCACUUCCCUCAAGAGCUGGCUCAAGCUCCUCUCAAUCUGGCAGUACACAGUCCCCUUCUUCGUUAACCUCUCGGCCUCCGCUACUUUCUUCGCUAUACUCAGCCACACCCCAAUCUCCUUGGCCGUGCCCGUCACCAAUGCGACGACGUUUGCCGCCACUGCCGUCUUUGGGUGGCUCUUGGGGGAACAGACCCACCUCGGCCUCGCUUUGUUCGGUCCUUGUUUAGUCAUCAAUGGAAGGAGAAAGAAUUUGAACUCUAUUUGAAAAGUAUGUGAAAGUGAGUUUUUCAACCCCUCCCCUGCCUGGGAUCUUUUCAUCCACAUUUCUAUAUUAUCACCUUGAAAAUAGCUGAUUUGAAUUAAGAAUAAUGAAUCUGAGACACAAAUUUUUAGGGUUUUUAUGAAGUUUGUAUCUUGCCCAAGUUAGUAAGUAACUUACAUAGUAUGCUGUUACUGUCCCUGCGGAAUUCCCAGAUACCAACUUAAUGAGCAUCUCAAUGCUUCCGAAUAAGAAGCCUCUCUUUGAUUGAACAGCAGAACCUGCAAAGCAAAGGCAGAGUAUUGUAGUCUGGUUAGAGGAGAAAAACCGACCUCUGUAUGACCUUUUAUUCAUUUUGUAGAUAUUUCAUCCAUGUAUAUAUUCUAAUGAAUAGAUGAGCUAAACAAAUUUAGUGCAAAACAUGUUGAAUGCCAUAUCAUGGAUGGACUAACAGUUUAUGAAACAAACUAAUCUGCCUAUCCGAAGCUUUAUGGAUACGUGCAGUAUAUCAGUCAACCUUUAUCCUGCAACAUCUUGAUGAUGCAGAUAAUCUCUGUUUCCUAGCUUA